AUGACGGUGGCGGAACGCUAUCAAGCCCAAGGGGGUGGUGCGCUCACGUUUUGCGGCUGGGUUAGGUUACCGCCUGAGGCGACAAGACGUCGAAUGCUUGCUGAUGUGCUCGCCUGCUGCAGCCUGCCCCCAGUCCAUAGUGGGGAGCUGCCGCCUACUAAGGUAAGCUGGAGCUGGAGGCCGGGAGAGGGGCCGCGAACAGGGGCCAAGGGCAGCGGGAGAGGUUACAGUAGUACUGUAGGGGACGACAGGCCAAAGCAGGGCACAUACAGGUAUUUUAAUCCAACCAUGUCAGUGUCGAUGCGAUUGAUACAGGGCAAUCUGAGCACGAUAUUGCCGGACCCCUCCGCCUUCCAAAGGGGCGCUGAUUCAAUGAUGAUGAGCCAUGAGGUCAUCGGCAACGUGCGCGCCGUGUACUAG